GUGAUGGAGGGAGAUUCUGUCACUCUGAACACUGAUGACACUGAAAUACUUGAAGACGAUGACAUACUGUGGAAAUUUGGAGUGAAAAUGUCUCUGAUAGCUCAAAUCAGGAGAUAUCCUGGAAUCUUCAACACAUCUGAUGUUCCUGAUGGGAGAUUCAGAGACAGACUGAAGCUGGACAACCAAACUGGAUCUCUGACCAUCACAAACACCACAUCUGAACACGCUGGACUUUACAAACUAGAGAUAAGCGGAGCUAAACGGUCAUCAAAAACAUUCAGUGUUUAUGUCUAUGCUCGUCUGCCCGUUCCUGUCAUUAUAGGUGACUCCCCACAAAAUUCUUCAUCAUAUUGUUUAUUGGUGUGUUCAGUGGUGAAUGUGGGUCAUGUGACUCUCUCCUGGUACAAAGGAAACAGUUUAUUGUCCAGCAUCAGUGCGUCUGAUCUCAACAACAGUCUGUCUUUACGUCUGGAGUGUCUGGAUGAUUCCUACAGCUGUGUGGUGAGCAAUCCCAUCAGCAACUGGACUAGAUAUGUCAACAUCACUGAUCUCUGUCGGCCAUGUUCAGAUUGUGCCUUCUGCUGUCAUGCUUCUGAAGCUCUCGCCCGAUUGGCUGUCUCUGUUGUGGUGGGCGUGGCUACUGUUGCUAUUGUAGUUUAUGACAUCAUCACAUCCAGGAAAGGUCUAUAA